UCAAAACACGCAUCAGCCAUCAUCGCAGCGCAGCAGAGUGAAAACGAAAAAAUUUCAUUCGCCAGAGCAGAGAAGAGGUGUAGCAGUGCGAGUGCCACGAAAUUAUAACAAAUUAAGAACAGUUCCAUCGAAUCCGAUUGGAGGAAAUAGUAAUUACGGUGCUGAGUGUGCUGCUGCUGCUGCCCCAGUGGCCAGUGAAGUUUUGUUCCGUGUCGUCGAAAUUUAGGCCACUAGUGGAAGUGUAGCGAAGUGCCGUCGUCGUCGUCGAUGGUGAAGAAGUGAAGUUUUUUUUUUCUUCAUUCGAAGGAGGAUUCCCGAAGACACAGGAAAGGGAACGAAAAAGUCAGAUAAGCUGCUACUUCAGGCAUCAGGCUGGAGGCGAGUCGCAGCAGGAGGAGGGCAGGCAGAAAAAAAUGUUGACAGAAUGGCCCACGCAACCAGUUUACUGAGUUCCGGAAUCUCGCGCCGCAAUCCGGAGGACGAGUACGAGCUGAUCCACAAGAUUGGCUCCGGAACGUACGGGGAUGUGUACAAGGCCAAGAAACUCCAAUCCAACGAACUAGCGGCCAUCAAGGUGAUCAAGCUCGAGCCGGGCGAUGACAUCCAAAUUAUCCAGCAGGAGAUUGUGAUGAUGCGCGACUGUCGCCAUCCGAACAUCAUCUCGUACUAUGGGUCGUACCUGCGGCACGAUAAGCUGUGGAUCUGCAUGGAGUACUGCGGCGGUGGCAGCCUGCAAGACAUCUACCAGGUUACCGGACCGCUGACGGAGCUGCAGAUUGCGUACAUGUGCCGGGAAACGCUGCUGGGGCUGUCCUAUCUGCAUUCGAUGGGUAAAAUCCAUCGGGACAUCAAGGGAGCGAACAUCCUGCUGACGGAGAAGGGUGACGUGAAGCUGGCGGAUUUCGGCGUCUCGGCUCAGAUAACGGCGACCAUCAACAAGCGGAGGAGUUUUAUUGGGACACCGUACUGGAUGGCCCCCGAGGUGGCAGCUGUGGAGCGAAAAGGUGGCUACAACCACCUCUGUGAUAUCUGGGCCUGCGGCAUUACUGCUAUUGAACUGGCCGAACUGCAGCCGCCGAUGUUCGAUCUGCACCCGAUGCGGGCACUGUUCCUAAUGUCCAAGAGUGGCUUCAAGCCGCCCACGCUCAAGGACAAGGAACGGUGGUGCACGAACUUUCACUCCUUCCUGAAGGUGGCCCUGACGAAGAAUCCCAAGAAACGACCAACGGCCGAACGGUUACUGCAGCAUGCCUUCUUCCAGUCGGAGAUGUCCGUACGGUUGGCAAUGGAGCUGCUGCAAAAGUACCAUAGUCCUCCUCAGAGCUACUUCUACCACGACGUCGAGGAAGAAGGGGCUGUUGCAAUUGGACCACAAAGAAUUACGAGCAAGAUCCAUUCUCCUAGUCCGGUGUACAUGUGUAAACCGUUGGAGAAUGAUCGAUCAUCUAGUCCUGAAACUCUACCUAGUGAUAUGAGUCUAUUGCAUUAUAUAGACGAGGAGUUGAAGUUAAGGCGGACGUUGCCGCUGUCGAACAACCCGAACGAUUCGCUGCUGGUGGCAGGUGGCGGAGGAGGAGGCGGUGAGUGUUCCUGUACCGGUGACAGCUACGACAAUAACGGGGCGAGGGAUGAUUCCACCCUGAGCUAUGCGGACAUCGAUAACCUGAAUGCCCGUUUCGAGAAGCUGAAUGCGCAGCAAAACGGCACGAGUGACGAGGAAGCGCAGAACAAACGGCGAUCGAUGGACCAAUUGACGGGACUGUUCAGCGAUCUGGAGAAGUCUUCCAGGCAGCGUAGUUUGAGCGAUGGAGACGGUGGUAACGAGAAUGAAACCCAACCGGAUCUCCUGAACAACACCCCUCCGGUGCCGCCGAAGCGAAGUCACCGCACCAGGCGGCAUACACCUCCACGGCCCGUCUCGAACGGGCUGCCACCGACGCCAAAAGUUCACAUGGGUGCCUGCUUUUCCAAGAUCUUCAACGACUGUCCGCUACACAUACACUGUACGACGUCGUGGAUCCAUCCGGAGACACGAGAUCAGCACCUGCUGAUCGGUGCCGAGGAGGGCAUCUUCAACCUGAACAUGAACGAACUGCACGAUGCCGCCAUUGAGCAGCUCUAUCCCCGGCGGACCGUGUGGUUGUACGUGAUCAAGGACAUCCUGAUGUCGCUUUCGGGGAAAACCUCGCAGCUGUACCGGCACGACCUGCUGGCGCUACAUUCCAAGCAAACGCAUCGUUUCUCGUUACACAUGAAGAAGAUCCCGGAGAAGUUGGUCCCGCGUAAGUUUGCCCUCACAACCAAGGUGCCGGACACCAAAGGUUGUACGCAGUGCUGCGUGACGCGGAAUCCCUACAACGGGUACAAAUACCUGUGUGGUUCGCUACCGAGCGGAAUUUUCCUGAUGCAGUGGUACGAUCCACUGAACAAAUUCAUGCUGCUGAAACAGUGCGACUGGCCGUCCGGAAACCUGCAGUAUUACGGUGUGAACUCGAACGUGUUCGAGAUGAUCAUCACUCCGGAGCUCGAGUAUCCGAUCGUGUGCGUGAACGUGCGGAGAGGACCGAACGAUACCCUCAAGCUAGAUUUGAUCAACACCAACAACACUUCCAGUUGGUUCAAUUCCAACGCGGAGGAAAUGGACGGCAUGGCCACGGUGAUCAACCGGAGGGACACUCUACGACCAAUUAAAGUGCAUCAGAUUGAACGGGAUGCAAUUCUAGUGUGUUACGAUAAUGUCGUACAAAUAGUCGAUGUUGUAGGUUUUCCCAAACAGAGCAAAAAGUAUAUUUCCCGUUUGGAGUUUAGUUUUAAUAUCGAUAGUAUAGUUUGUCUUACCGAUAGUGUGUUGGCGUUUUACAAAAAUGGCAUGCAGGGCAGAUCGCUGCGGAACGGUGAGAUUACCCAAGAGAUUACCGAUACCAGUCGGAUAUACGAGCUGAUCGGAAGCGACAACCGGAUUGUGAUGCUGCAGGGACGCAUUCUGCGGCCGGUGGAAUCGAUGGAGAGCUCCAGCGAGGAGGGCCACGACCUGUACUUGGUGGCCGGCCACGAGGCCAGCUAUUAGGUCCUGCGCCUCUAAUGCAUGCGGUAGGUACGUACGGUUCGUAGGAAGAAAACAUUGUAAUAUUUUUAGCAACAGCAAAAUCAGAAGUAGUCAAAGUAAACAGAACAAGUUUGAUUACAAGAUGAUGGAGAAAUGGCAACUGGGAACAGAGCAAAAGUAAAAAGAAACACCGGGUCGUGCGGCGUGUGUGUACAGAAGAAUAAAACGUUCUUACUGAAGUUUAGAUAUAUUAAAUAUAUCUCUUUAUAUAGAAAUUGAAGAUAUGUAAAAUUGAAUUCUAAUACUGAGGUAAGCCAAGUAGCGUGCAGUUGAUAGAACGAGUUAGGUGACAAUUAAUCAAGUAUAUAUAUAUAUAUAUAAACAAAACUAAAGUUGGAACCAUUUCACAAAUGUGGUAAGAUUGUAGAGUUUAAAAUUUUUGUUCGGUUGGUGACGGUUGAUCGUUGCUAUCCGAACCGCAGGAACAGUAUGAUAGUCUCUUUGUUUUUAACACACUACCAGUUAAGUAUGAACAUUGAUUUUAAUCGGCCUUUCAUUCGGUAGAUCUAGGUGUUCUUUUGGUUGUUUUUUGAUUUUGAUUAUGUAUUUGUUCUAUUUGGACUUGACUUCGGAGUUCAUUUUUUUUAAAUUAAAUGGUUUGAUGUGAACAUUGUAUUUUCUGUUCCUUCUGCAGCAAAACAAAUAGAAAAUCCGUACUGAAAGCUAAUAAAAUUAAACAUUUGGAUCCAAUGCAUAUGUAGAAAGCAACAAACAGAAAAUAGUCACAGAUCUACUAUUUUACUAUGUCUUUUCUUGAGGUAAAAUCAAGCAAACUACAAACAGAUUACGUAGAUAAAGAUGAAACACAUAAAUUUACAAACACACAGCAAAUGGCAGAACAAACUAACCAAAAAGAAAAGUAUAUUUUAUAUGGUUUAAUGUAGACAUUUCUCUCUACGUUGAUAAACAAGCUGACAAAUUUGAUCAGAAUAAAACAUGCAAACAUCGUUUGGUAUAAUACAUUUUGAUAUAAAGCUGCCGGGCGCUGUCAUGCAAUUGUCUCGAAACGAAAGAUUAUAUCAAUAGGUUUUAUACCAAACGAACCACCUCCACAAACAAUAUACAUAAAAAUUCCUAACUGAACAGAAACAAAUGUUUCACUUUCACUAGCAUCAACAGCAAUACAAAAAAUAAAACAGUCAUCUUAAGACACUAUAAAUACUGUGAAAAAAAAGGAUCACCCAUUGCAUUUAUUUUUUGAGGUCAGAAUGUUUACAAUGAUUCAGAAAACCGGGACAGGAAACUAUGCGCUGGCAUAAGGUGGGCCCAUGUGGCACUUUUUCAUUCCGAAACUAUUUCAUCAUGCCAACCGAGUAACGUUUUUUUUUUAAAGAAACUGUGCGCCAUUUGGCAUAAUGCAAACUGGGGUAAAUUUCGUUUACUCCAAGUAGCUUUAUGCUAAACCAGGUCGAGCCGACUCAGAUAUUUUUUAUACGUAGCAAAUAAUAGUUUCUAUACGUAUUUGAUUUCCUAAAUAGAUGUCGAUCAACAGUUUUGUUACACUCCAAAGCUAACAUAGACGUAAAUUGCAGGAAUAAUUGAGCAAAUGCUGUUAAUGUUAUAUUUCGUGCUAAAAUUAGUGAGGCCAUCUACGUGCCAGAAAAAAAGCGACACAUAGAUGGCAGUACUAUAUUUGGAUGAAACGUAUCAUGAAACAGUUUGUUGCUAAUUUUUAUUGGCCGAUAAAUGCAUGUCGAAAUAUAUACACAAAUCUAGUUUUCUAACCUCCAAAAAGCAUUCGUUUUCUCUAACACACACGCACAUAAUGCUACUAUUUCCUACAAAAAAAAAAGAUGAAAAACGUUGAAAUUCCCUGUUUCAAGCAUUCAGAGCUUUAUUGUGAGCCCUAUAUUAGUAAUCUAAGUGAGCAUAUAGCAAGCCGUUUGUUGUAAUGUGUUCUUAUAAUUCCUGUUAACUGAUAUAUGCUAUCCGUGAUUUUUAGGUUCGUUAAUUUCCCUCUACACGUGUUUAUCCAAUUCCUGAUAAAAAGAAAAACGAAACAAAAAACUGAAACAAAGAAAGCAAAGAUUGAUAUCCAGAUGUACCUUUCGCGCAACUGAACUGAAGUUGGAUGACAUUUUCCAUACAAACUUACAUUCAUUCAAGACUAAAAUACAUGUCCACAAACACUCAAACGAGAUCAUUAUUCCUGAACAAAAUGUUUUGUCAUUUUUGUAGUGACAGCUCGAAAAAUCACUUUCUCCCCCGUACCCCCCAAGAGCGUUGUUUUGCCUUAAACAAAAAAACAAACAAACAAAAAAGUAUGAUUUCCUUUCCAUUCCUAAUAGUCGAAAAUUGUAAAACAACAAAAACUCUUAUAUAUUCAAGAAACUCUUGUAAAUGUCGUUAUAGCUAUCUCGAGAUACAAAGUUUAACCGUGAUGCAAUAAUUUUUACGAAACAACAAUACAAAUUGUUUUCUGAACGGAAGCCGCA